UACCCUAUACUAAGUUAUGUAGGCAUAGAGGUGAUUCAGAUUUCUAUUUUGUUGUUGGCCAGCCCGCUCGUUUUUUUCUCCUCUGAGUUUUAUAGUUCAUAGUUUUUCUUUCUCUCUCUCCGUCGUCUCUCUUAUAUACUACUUACUUCACUGCAUAAUAAUACUUUACGCCAUCUUGGAAGACAUCAAUCCAAUCUGUUAGGAAACGUCUUGACGUAUUGUGACACGGCACAUGUAAUCAGAGUCGGAGUUGUGACGUAGUGGUCGACGAACCGAACCCGUUCUGUCCUCUUUCCAAGAUGGCCGUCGACAAGAGGAAAACUAUAGUUGUUGUCGGGUUGGGAAUGGUCGGCAUAGCCUUUAUAGAGAAACUCCUGAAGCUCGACGCUAGAAAUCGCGAAUACGAUGUUAUCGUCAUUGGCGAAGAACCCCACCUCGCAUAUAAUCGAGUCGGGCUCACGAGCUUCUUCAGUCACCGGAAGGUUGAGAACUUGUAUCUCAACCCGAAAGAAUGGUAUGCGCUGCAGGCCCCGGACAACAAGUUAAGUUAUCACUUGAAUACCCUGGUCACCGGCGUCGAUUCUACACACAAGACGGUGUCUUGCGCCAACGGCGACGUGGUCUCGUACGAUAUUCUGGUCCUGGCAACUGGUUCCGACGCCGUUCUCCCAAGGCACACUCCUGGCCACGACGCCAAUGGGGUCUUCGUCUACCGGACCAUCGAAGACUUGGAAAAGCUCAUCGCCUUCGGGGAGUCUCGCAAAGGGACAGUCGGGGCCGUGGUGGGCGGUGGCUUGCUAGGGCUCGAGGCGGCAAACGCCAUGAUGGACCUGAAAUGCUACGAGAAAGUAAAACUAAUCGAGAGGAACCGAUGGGUUCUCAGUAGGCAGCUGGAUGCUGAUGCGGGCAACUUGGUCGUCGAAAAAGUUGCAGCGUUAGGCCUUGAAAUAUUGCUAAGCAAGAGGGUGGGAAGGAUAAACACAGACGAUCAAAACAAUGUCAUCGGUGUCGUGUUCGAGGAUGGCGGGCAGAUGGACUGUUCCACCGUUUGCUUUGCUAUCGGCGUGCGGCCGCGGGAUGACUUGGCAAGAAGCGCAGGUAUCCAGUGUGCUGAUAGGGGUGGUGGAAUCCUCGUGAAUGACGAUUUAAGUACGAGUGUUCCGGAUAUCUACGCCAUCGGAGAAUGCGCCAGCUGGAAGAACCAGACGUUCGGUCUCAUCGCCCCGGGUGUCGAGAUGGCGGAUGUGCUGUCCUUCAACCUCACACAAGCCAAGCUUCAUCAACCAAGAACUUUCAAGCGACCCGACCUAAGCACAAAGCUCAAGCUGCUCGGAGUUGAUGUGGCUAGUUUUGGUGACUUCUUCGCCGACCGGGAUGGUCCCAGCUUUUUACCGGCGAAGGCGGCGAAGAAAAAGACGACGGACGACCAGAGCGUCGUUAAGACGGUUGUCAGCGGGCCUCCUCCCCCACCAGUCAAGGCUCUCAUCUAUAAGGACCCUUUCGCCCAGGUAUAUAAGAAAUACUUGUUUACAACCGACGGGAAGUAUCUGCUUGGCGGCAUGAUGAUUGGAGACACCAGCGAUUAUAUCAAGCUAGUGCCGAUGGUCAAGAACCAGAAAGAGCUUACUAUACCUCCUGCUGAGCUUAUCUUGGGCGCUAAGAAAGAAGGCGACGAUGGUGCCGACGAUCUCGAUGAUGAUACCCAAGUCUGCUCUUGCCACAACGUCACAAAAGGGGAUAUAGUCAAAAGCGUCAAGGACGGCACGUGUAAAACCGUGGGAGAUGUUAAGGCUUGUACUAAGGCUGGUACGGGUUGCGGUGGUUGCAUGCCUCUCGUCACAAGCAUCUUCACUAAAACCAUGACGGAUAUGGGCGCCGAGGUAACGAACUACCUAUGUGCGCAUUUCAACUAUUCUCGCGCGGACCUAUAUAAUAUUAUCAUGGUGAAGAGGCUAAAGACUCUUCCCGAGGUGAUGCGAGAGGCAGGAAACGACAAGGACUCGGACGGCUGUGAAGCCUGCAAGCCCGUCAUAGCAAGCAUCUUCGCGUCGUUAUGGAACAAGCAUGUCAUGGACAAGACGACGCAUGGUUUGCAAGACACUAAUGACAGAUUCCUGGGUAACAUCCAGCGGAACGGCACCUUCUCGGUUGUUCCCCGCGUUUCCGCUGGCGAGAUCACGCCGGAUAAACUGAUCAUCAUCGGCGAAGUUGCCAAGAAAUAUAACCUAUAUACGAAGAUUACCGGCGGGCAACGUAUCGACAUGUUCGGGGCGAAGAAACAGGAUUUGCUUGACAUCUGGACAAGACUGAUAGAGGGCGGAAUGGAGAGCGGACAUGCCUACGCCAAGUCACUACGCACUGUUAAAAGCUGCGUUGGAACGACCUGGUGUAGAUUUGGGGUAGGAGAUAGUGUUGGCAUGGCGGUGCGCAUAGAGGAGAGGUAUAAGAGUAUACGUAGUCCGCAUAAGAUAAAAGGGGGUGUUAGCGGUUGUGUGCGCGAGUGCGCCGAGGCCCAGAACAAAGACUUUGGACUUAUCGCUACAGAAAAGGGGUUUAAUAUCUUCGUAGCGGGCAAUGGUGGUGCGAAACCCAAGCAUUCUGAGCUCCUUGCCAAGGAUGUCCCGCCGUCGGAAGUCAUACCAAUUCUAGAUCGGUAUCUAAUGUUCUACAUACGCACGGCAGAUAAGCUACAGCGUACGGCGAGAUGGCUGGAAAACCUACCUGGCGGUUUACGAUACUUGAAAGAAGUCGUAUUAGAGGACAAGUUGGGCAUCUGCGCUUCGCUUGAAGCUCAGAUGCAAGAGCUGGUAGAUUCGUUCUUCGACGAAUGGGCCGAGGCCGUGCAGAAUCCGAUUAUUGCUGCCAAGUUCAAGCAGUUCGCUAACACGGACGAAACGGUCGAGACAGUGGAGACGGAGAAGGACCGCGACCAAACACGCCCCGUGUACUGGCCCAAAGACGCUGCAGCUGAGGACUUUGCCGGCCUGAAGAACCGUUGGUCAUCCACGGCCUGGCAGCCCGUUAUCGAAGCUAACUACUUUGCUGGUGCCGACGCCACGCCCAACGGUAUCAGCGCAAAUAUUAAGCGAGGCGACACGCAGCUCGCACUCUGGCGCGUUAGGGGGAAGUAUUACGCGACACAACAAAUGUGUCCUCAUAAGCGGUCCUUCGUGCUGUCGGACGGUCUUAUCGGACAAGACGUCUCCCCUCCGUCACCCCCACCAUCACCACCAUCAUCACCAUCAUCAUCAUCCCUGUCGCCUGAUUCCACUACUAGCACUAAGAAAGAGCCAUGCAGUGAUCCCAAGGCGCCGUGGGUCUCAUGCCCGUUCCACAAGCGCAACUUCGACCUCAGCUCCGGGGCGUGCCGUAACGACUCUUCCCUGUCUAUUGCCACAUUUGACGUGGAGGAACGUGCCGACGGCAUGGUGUACCUUAAGUUACCACCCGUCGAGGAGCUAGACGCGGUGCUGGGAACAGCGCGGUGGAUGGUGAGAAAAGAAGACGGGGGCUCAGGCCAGUUCGGCGAGCUGGAUCGCCGGAUUGGGUUUAAGGGGCGCCGAGGGAAGAGGCCAGCAACAACGGCUGGUGCAGAAUUGUCGAUGCGGAAACCCGUGGAAGUGUUGCCGAGUGGUGGGGGUUGUGGUGCUGCACCGGAAUGGUAGUUAUUGCCAUUCAUCUUAUAUUUGUAUAUCUCAUUUAGCCAUGUAUAGCCUAUGGGGAGCAUCUUUGGAUAUGUGGCCAAGACAAUAUCAUCUGAAGUUUAUAGCAUGUUCUUUGGCUACUUUAGGGACGUCGAAUUGUAUCGUAACGUUCGUUGUAUGACCAAACGUUCGAUCUAUAGAGCAGCUUCCAGCUGUAGGACGGGGCUGAAACAGGGCCAACGCUAAGACACGAAGGAUGGCCGUGGCCUCUGUUCCGUCGCCCAAAAUUGCUGUUUACAGUGUCGGGUGCAGCGUAGUACUGAGAUAUGUAUGAUAGUUGUCUAUUCUAAACAUUA